UUGUUUACAUCUAUUUUUAAAUCACUUGAAUUUUAGUAUUUUGUUAUCUACAACUUUAUAUUUUACGAAAAUCUUAUCAGUUAUGAGUUAAUACCUUCCCAUAAUUAUUCAACAAAAUCAGUAGAAAAGAAACACGUAAAAAUGGAUGACAUCCAAACUGAGCAUUUAGAUUUCUCUAAAUUUGAUCAUAAAUCAUCACAAUUUUAUAUAGGUUUAAUCUUAGCUAUAAGUUCUUCUCUAUUUAUUGGGUCAAGUUUUAUCAUUAAGAAGCUAUCCUUAAAAAAACUAAAUCAAGUAGGUUUAAGAGCAUCAGCAGGUGGAUAUGGAUAUCUUAAAGACUGGACAUGGUGGAUAGGCCUUCUUACAAUGGGCGUUGGAGAAUUAGCAAACUUUGUGGCUUAUGCAUUUGCACCGGCUUCGUUGGUUACACCUUUGGGUGCAUUAAGUAUUUUAGUUUCAGCAAUACUAGCUUCCAAAUUUUUAAACGAAGCUCUUAGUACUAAGGGAAAGAUUGGUUGUGUAUUGUGUAUAAUAGGUUCAACAAUCAUAGUUGUAUAUGCUCCAAAAGAAGAGGAAUUUCAAUCUUUGGAUGAACUACUAUCUCGAGUUACUCAAAUGGAUUUCUUAUACUAUCUUUCUACUGUUUGUUUAAUAACUAUAAUAGUGUGCUUUAUGGGGCCAAAGUAUGGAACUCGAUACGUUAUAGUUUAUCUUUCAGUGUGUUCAUCAAUUGGUAGUUUAACAGUCAUGUCUUGCAAGGCACUAGGAUUAAGUAUAAAGAGUUACUUCCUAGAUGAAUUACCUAUAAAACAUGCCUGGAUGAUAUUUGUCCUAUUUCUUUUAGUGGUUGUAUUUAUCUGUACACAGAUGAAUUACUUGAACAAAUCUUUAGAUAUAUUCGAUACAAGCGUAGUUACUCCUGUAUAUUAUGUUAUGUUUACGUCGAUGGUUAUAAUAGCAUCUGGUGUAUUAUUCCGUGAAUGGGCAAAUAUGGAUAUCGUCAGUAUAUUCGGUACAUUAUUGGGUUUUACAAUUACUGUUGGGGCUAUCUUUUUGUUGAAUGCCUCCAAAGAGAAGCAGGUUAAAGUAAAUCUGUAUAAUAGGGUGCCAUAACAUAAUAAUUGACGAAAAAUGCCAAAAAAAAAAAACAAAUCCUUUAUCUUAUAUCAGAAAAAAAUUAUCUCAAUAGAAGUGAUAUAGUAUUAAUAUAUUAUACAUCCUUUUGUUUAUAAUUUUUAAAAUGAUUCAAAAUCUUAUCACACUCAAUGCAUAGGGUGUGUCAAUUAUUACAUGAAAUUAUAAUUUCUAUAUAUAAAUGAUUGAGGAUUUGAUAUAUAUCAAAUUUUGAUAUAUUUUCCUUUAUUGAAGAUCAAAAACUUCCAAGCAGUAGAUUUGUCACACAAAUAAUUUAUUCUGCUGAUAUAAUUUAUCAGAAAUGCUUAAUAAUAAUAAUGUUUAUGUCCAAAAAAAAUCUACAUGUAUUUUGCAAAAUACGGUAAAAAAGUUUUUUGCUAAAGAGAAAAAUUUGUAUUUUACAAAUAAUCUAAAAUAAUUAAUUUAUACAUUAUUUGCAGAAAAUUUUUGAUCUUUUUUUAUUUUUUUUUG